AUGAACUCACUCAAUAUCCUUCUUGUCCUCGCCUGUCUCUUGUGCUCAUGCCAAGCCUAUUACCUCUAUUACUAUUACCCAAACAACUACAACAGCAACGGUCAAACAACAUACUAUUAUUAUCCAAAUAAUAAUAAUAAUAAUAACGGUUACACCAACUAUUACUAUUCUGAUCCAGGAACCACAACCUACUACUAUCCAUCAAACACAGGAAACAACGGUUAUACCUAUUACUACUAUCCCAGCAGUGGAAGCUCUAGUUAUAGUCCAUACACCACAUAUUAUUAUACUUAUGGAAAAAAGUAA